AUGGUGGAGGCGCGCGUGGCCAUCCCAGCGCCUCUGAGCGGCGGGUUGCUGGUGCUGCUCGCGCUGGCGGGCGGCGACGCGCGCUCGCUGAGGCAGACGCAGACGUCGGCAAGGUUGGCCUACAGCGACACCAACUACCAGUGCAUGGCGGACCCCGAGUUCGAGGACAAGUGCGUGCCGAAGUGGCAGGAGUCCUGCCGCAGAGAGUACAACCGCAGCGAGCACAUGCGCCGCAAGCUGUGCGAGGGGGAGUUGUCGAGGAACUACGUCAAGAUACGCACCCUCGUGCCGCCGAGCGACAUCCUGGACCAGUGGAAGUGGGAGUUCGAGCGGCGGCAGUUCGACGACGGCUUCUUCCGCAGCCAGGUGCCCAAAUUCACAGACACGGGCUUCAAGCUGGUGCGACUACCAGAGCACCUGCACGAGGGCAUGUUGGCGAGGUACAACGCGAGACGCAACACAUCGCGGCCGGAGGCAGGCCAGCCGGUUUUCGGCUUCCACUGCAACACGGGCCACGACAACGACGAUUGGGUGGUUGACAUGCCGCAUGACGAGUUGUUCCGCCAGGUGCGAGAGUGGAUCCGUCUCCAGCUCUCGGAGUGGACCGGUCAAAACGUCAAUGAGCAGACCUCCAUAUACGGCGCUCGCGAAUACCACCGCGGCAGCAUCUGCGGAAUGCACACGGACAACACGGAGACGCACGCUUUCAGCGCCAUCUACCAGCUCGACCAGCAGGGCAUGGACGAGCCGUGGCCACUGCACUACGUCACCCACGCAGGGGAGGAAGGCCGGGCCCUCAUGCAGGCCGGCCAUGUGAUGCUGUACGAGAGCGCAUCUGGCCUCCACGGUCGCAAGGACCCCCUGAUGGGCGACGAGUUCACGAACAUCUUCUUCCACUUCCGCUCGCCCGACUGGCUGCCAGCAAUCCAGAGGAUCCUCGGAGAGGACAACUACUGGGAGCAGCGCCGCCGCUUCGAGGCGCACCACCGCCACCUCACCAGCCUCGAGGACGCGCCGCCCAAGGAGCGGCUAUGGAGGGCGUCCGACCAGUGCAUCCCCGAGAGGAGCCGCCGCGAUCCGCUGCUGAGCGAGGGCGGCUUCAUGUCGACGCCGCCGGACCCGACACGCCUUUAG